AUGUCGUUCUCCAAGAAUUUCUAUGAGAUAACGGUAAUCGCCGCUUCCUUUUCGAAGGUGGCAGCUUCGGCUGUACGAAUCGUGGAAAAUGAUUUGUGUACUUUAUAUAAAACAAAUCCUUUGACUCAACCAUUAAGAGAUUUGGAUACCAGCAGCUCGAUGUGGCAGACCGGAAAGUCCAAAUCAGAAGAAGCCAGAGCCAGAAACGAGGCCAUAGACGUUUCAAUAUCAAACCUAAGCAAUAAAAACAUUCAAAAUAACCAAAAGAGAGGAUAUUCUACUAGAGCUUAUUCUACUACUGACAAUACAGAAUCUGUACCUACAAGAAUCAUUGGCGAUGUAGAAAAACCGCAAGGAUUCCAGAUGUCUCAGAGUGAAGUUCCCAGUACCAGAUUAGCCCGGAUCUUUCAUUACGGUACCUUGGCUGCUGGAAUGGGAUUGGGGGCUGCAAAACACGGCUUGAAACAGUAUGCUUCUGGUAAGAAGGAUCUUGACAUGAAGUCGUUGAUACUAUCUCCGACGAACAUCGAACGUAUGGCUAAGAAGUUCUCGAAGAUGAGAGGAGCAGCCUUGAAAGUCGGCCAGAUGAUGUCGUUCCAGGAUUCGUCUAUUUUGCCCAAAGAAAUCCAACAGAUCUUGUUGAGAGUCCAGAAUUCAGCCCACUACAUGCCUCCAGGACAAUUGGAAAGAGUCAUGGUAGGUGACUUGGGAGUCAACUGGCGUGAACGUCUCUUUGCUUCAUUUGAAGACGUACCCGUAGCUGCAGCUUCCAUUGGACAAGUGCAUAAUGCUGUUACGGAAGAUUUGACUCCUGUCGUAGUGAAGGUACAAUAUCCGGGAGUUGUUGAUUCUAUUGACUCUGACUUGAACAACUUGUUAAUGUUGUUGACUGCUUCAUCGUUAUUACCACCUGGGUUAUUCCUUGACAAGACGAUUGCCAAUGCUAGAACUGAAUUGAAGUGGGAAUGCGACUAUAUCCGUGAAGCCCAGAGCUUGAUUCGUUUCCGUGACAUCUUGAAAGACGACGACGUCUUCGAAGUUCCUCGUGUUUUCCACAACUUGUGUGGUGAGCAUGUGUUAACCAUGGAGAGAAUGAGAGGAAUUGAAAUUGUCAAGGGUAACUGGGAUCAGGCUACCAAUGACUGGAUUGCAACAAAUAUCAUGAGAUUGUGCUUGUUGGAAAUCAAGAAAUUCAGGUUCAUGCAAACUGAUCCUAACUGGGCUAACUUCUUGUACAACGAACAAACGAAGAAAAUCGAGUUGUUGGAUUUUGGAGCUUCCCGCGACUUUGGAGAAGACUUCAUCGACAACUACGUAUCUGUGCUUCGAGCAGCUUGUAAGAAAGACAGAGAAGGUGUAGAACAUUUCUCAAAGAAGUUGGGCUACUUGACCGGUUUGGAGUCGCCUCAGAUGGUCAGAGCUCACGUCGAUUCAGUGAUGGUUUUGGGUGAAGCAUUUUCGCCCGUGGACAACAAAGGUAAGCCUUUUGACUUCAACAACCAGACGAUUACCGACAGAGUCAGAGGCAACAUCGGGUUAAUGUUGAACGAGAGAUUGGCACCACCUCCAGAAGAAACCUACUCCUUGCACAGAAAGUUGAGUGGAGUGUUUUUGUUAUGUGCGAGAUUGAAGGCCACGGUGCCUUGCGAGGACUUGUUCAGAGAGAUCAUUGGUUUUGACUAG